AUGCAUGUGAAUGGUUUUGAAUUCGAAUUACCGGUGCAGAAUAGGGAUAAUGACCGGAGUCAUAGUGCGGCUCGAGUAUGGGCGGUGAUGGCAUGUCGUAGUGGCGAGAUGGCUGCGCCGCGGGUUGCGCAACUCGCCGCGCUGCUCGCCGCGAUCCUCGUCACGGUCACCUCACGUGCGCCCACGCAAGAGCCCGUGCAGUUUGAGGCGGCCUUCCAAGGUAUCACUGUUAUUACAAUAUCCUUUUAUGAGCCACACACACACACUCAGAGAGAGAGACAGACGCACUCAGACACACACCCAUAA